GUGUGUGUGUGUGUGUGUGUGUGUGUGUAGAGUAGAGCUGCUUCACCCACACUUUCCUCAGUAAGAGAACACACUCAGAGAGGAACAAUGUCGGAGCUGCUGAGAAUACUGCUCCUCUUACUGCCUGCCAUCCUGCACACAGCAAAUGGGCAUUCACUGUCAAUAGAAUCUUGGUGCUUCUGGAGCUCUGAUGGUCUCAGUGACAUGGAGUACAUACUGUCUUACACCUUCAAUAAGAUCAACUACGUAGAGUUUAACAGCACUCUGGGGAAGUUUGUGGGAUACACUGAAAUAGGCAUCUAUAACGCAGAGAUUUGGAACAAUGACACUGCAGAGCUGCAAACACGGAAAGCCAAUGUGGAUCGUUUCUGUAAGCCCAGUGCUCAGACGUACUCCAGCGCCGUCCUCAGUAAAGGAGUUGAGCCCCGGGUUAAGGUCACUUUGGUAAAGAAGUCAGAUGGCACUCACCCAGCCAGGCUGAUGUGCAGCGCUUACAGCUUUUACCCCCCAGACAUUGAGGUGACCUGGCUGAGAAACGGGAAAGAGAUUGAGGGUGAUGUGACGUACACUGAGGAGAUGGCUGAUGGAGACUGGUACUAUCAGAUCCACUCACAUCUGGAGUACAUGCCUGAAUCUGGAGAGGAGAUCUCCUGUGUGGUGCAACACGCCAGCUUCCAAAAGCCCAUGGUCUAUAAGUGGGAUCCCUCGAUGUCUGAACCUGAUAAGAGUAAGAUUGCUAUCGGGGCUUCAGGGCUGGUGUUGGGGAUCGUGCUUUCAGCUGCUGGAUUCAUCUACUACAGGAAGAAAUGCUCAGGUCAGUGGAAGAUUGCAGGAAAUCUACAAACAGAAACGUGUAUUAGGACAUCUGUGUAUUUGUUAUUAAAAUUGAAGUGCUAUUAAUAAUUAAUAUUUAACCUUGCUACCUGAUAUUCAUCCUUCUGCUUUAUUUCUGAUUUGUGUUCACAGGACGGAUCCUGGUGCCGACAUAAACACAGGCAUCAUUUGAAGUUGACAUGUUGGUUUCAGCUUCAUUCCCCAUAUUGGAUGGAGUUAAUUUACCCAUAAUGCUCACUGUUUAGCUACAGUUAAGCUGAAAUGUGAUGAUUUUUAAGCUCACACAUGUGAUGUUAAUUUGUACAGGUCUGUGAGCAGAGAAACACUGGAGUGUUUGCUGAAAUCGCUUUAUCUGUUAAACAUCUGCUUUAUUCCGAACAAUUAGAACCUGCUGAGAAAUGAGCAUUUCAUAAUAUGUGCAUCUGCGUCUGUAUUAUCACUUUCCUUAAUGUAAGACCAGCUUUCUGUCAGAUUUUGCUGAAACUGAUGUUAAAUAUCUUGAUUAUAGGCUUUAUAAGAGUUCUUGAGUAGAAAUUUGACAAACUGAGCUUAGAUCAAAUCAAAUCAAAUCAAG